CACGGCGACUGUCCCGCCUGCCACAAUGCGCGGCGAGGCUGCGGCCGGGACUUGGCGCGGUCGUCCCUAACGUCGCCGCUCGGCAUCCUUAGGACAGGCCACCCCUGACGCCGGACCGGGACCCCACUGGUUUGCGCCACCAGCCCAUGCGCUCACUCUUCGGUGCCCCGCCGGGCGGGCGCCUCGUGGACGCGGAGCCGCGCGGGUGACGGCAGAGGCGGCUGCGCGCCCAGCCCAGCCCGCGGAGAGGGCACGCCGCGCCCCCGCCCCCCCCCGCCCGCUCUCCGGAGGCUGUGGGUGCGGAUGCACCGCUGACGACUCGCAGCGACUAGCAGUGCCGCCGGCACGCCGGCCGGAGCCCGCAGCAUGGCAGCCGCCGCCUAUGUGGACCACUUCGCCGCCGAGUGCCUCGUGUCCAUGUCGAGCCGCGCGGUAGUGCACGGGCCGAGGGAGGGGCCGGAGCCUGGACCCGAGGGCGCGGCCGCCGCUGUCGCCGCCACGCUGCCCCACGUCGAGGAUCGCCGCGACGGCAAGGACAGCGCCUCGCUCUUCGUGGUGGCGCGUAUCCUGGCGGACCUAAACCAGCAAGCACCGGCGCCCGCCCCGGCGGAGCGCAGAGAGGGCGCCGCGGCCCGGAAGGCGAGGACCCCCUGCCGUCUGCCGCCCGCGUCUCCCCCGGUCCCCGAGCCCGCCUCCCCCGGCGGCGAAGCCGCGGCGGCCGCGCCCCUCAGCCCCGCGUGGAGCGAGCCCGAGCCCGAGGCGGCGUUGGAGGCAGACAGGGAGCCGGGGCCCGCGGGGAGCGGCGAGCCCGGCCUCAGACAAAGGGGUCGGCGGGGCCGAAGUCGCUCCGACCUCGAGUCCCCACAGAGAAAGCACAAGUGCCACUACGCGGGCUGCGAGAAAGUUUACGGGAAAUCCUCACACCUCAAGGCGCACCUGAGAACUCACACAGGUGAGAGGCCCUUCGCCUGCAGCUGGCCGGACUGCAGCAAGAAGUUCGCGCGCUCGGACGAGCUGGCGCGGCACUACCGCACGCACACGGGCGAGAAGAAGUUCAGCUGCCCCAUCUGCGACAAGCGCUUCAUGCGCAGCGACCACCUGACCAAGCACGCGCGCCGCCACGCCAACUUCCACCCCGGCAUGCUGCAGCGGCGCGGCGGGGGCUCGCGCACCGGCUCGCUCAGCGACUACAGCCGCUCCGACGCCAGCAGCCCCACCAUCAGCCCGGCCAGCUCGCCCUGAGCGCCCCCCACCGCCCCUCCGGCGGCGGCCCGCGUCCCCGAGUCCCCCAGCAGCAGCACAGCCCCCACCCCUGCGCCCCACCGGCCGCUCACGGCCCCUCCCCCACUACAGCCAUGAACCCACGCUCUCGUCUCCCCUGUGACCCCCGUUUUGUCCUUUCGUAAUCAGAAUGCGAUGAAGUCAACCACACCCCCCUCCCCGAUUUUCUUCACCUCAGGUGUCAAACUCAAUUUGUAAAAAAAAAACAAUUUUUAAAAAACAAAAACAAAAACACCAUCCACAAGUUGCACAAUGGACAUACCCACGAAGGUGAGUCAGCGGUGUGAAAGCCAUUCUCAGGGAUGGACACGGUCCCCGGCCCGGUGAGGACGCCCCUCCCUGCCGCCUUACUCUGUACAUAGAUUUGCACUCUGGAGCUCUCCGGGGCUCGCUCGGGGACACUCUGGGGACACCGCAGGGGGAGGAGCCGUGCCCGUGGAGCUCCGCGUCCAGCCUGCGGGUCCGGCUGCCGGCCACUUGGGAGCGGAUGUGGUCACGGACACUUGUGCUCCCAGGGCAGGUGUCCAAGCGGGGACCCGAGUGCCCCUCUGGCUGCCACCGCCCAGCCUCCAGCCACGGCCGCCCCAGCGGCCAGCCGGGCUCAGGACUUACACGGGUCAGAGGAUGCCUUAAGCCGAGCCGGGCGAAGGAGCACACCGCCCCCCCCCACCCCGGGGGACCACCUUCCUGUCCCUGGCCUCUCUCCGGCGAGCUGGGAGCAGAGGUCGAGAGACCACCGUACCACCGACGUCUAAUGCGCCAGCAGCGAGACCACCCCCGGCCCCCAGCCUGCCCCAGGGACGUGCCCCGAACGCGGACGCCGGCUCCUCGGUGCCCCUGCAGAAGGCACUGGGGACCCGGGAGUCCCGGUGUUCUGCAAAGACGUCCCAAACCGUCGUCGGUGCGUCCAGACCCCCGCUCUGCCCACUGGCCCGGCCCCUGCUGUCGGGACACCUUCGCUUGGACCCGCGACGGGUGAAGCUGCCUGGCCGCCUCGCCUGAGGCUCUGUGUGGGCGGGGCUGGGGCAUGUGGCCACGCCCCGUGCCUCACGGGGACUGGACCCCCAGCUGGACGCCGGAGCGCCCCGACCCGGGACUCUCCGAGACUGGCGAAGCGGGUGUCACGUGACACUUGGACGUCCGGGACCUCGCAUGGCUUCCUCCCCGGGGGGGACAGCAGCUGGGAAGUUGCAGGACCGCUGUCACCGCGUCCCCAGCUCAGAGGGCGCGCCUCCACCUUCUCCUGGAGCUCUGCGUCCCCUGGACUCCUCUCGUCCCCUCCUGCUUCUCCUGCCUUGCCUGGGAGGCCCCAGCCCACGGCUGCCAGCCUGCUCCCGCUGGAGAGGACAGCAGAAACCCCCUGGGCUGUGUGGCGCAGACCCCCGGCCUGGGCUGGCUCGGGUUGCGAGCCCCGGGGGGUCAGAGAGGCCGGCCUCUGCCCUGGUCUCCUCUGCAGACAGCCGUUCUGCGACGCCGCCGGGCAGACUCGGGGCGUGUAAAUACAAGCUCCCAGGACAGUGUGUGUGCGUGUGUGUGUACGUGUGUGUCAGGCCGGGGGUGUGGGUUUGAGGCGGACGUGAGGUAGCUUCCAGAGACCUCUGCCCUUUUUGAUGAGGAGGAGUGACCCUUGGGAUCUCAGAGGGCCAUGGAUGGGCUUCCUGGGCCCAGAGUGCCUUGGUUGUGGCCACCCAGCCUCCACCCCUCCCUCUGGGUGCCGGGUGCAGCGCAGAGAACCCCGGCGACCCGGGCCUGGCUGGUGCGCACAGCCCCUGGCCGCUCCAGAGGGGACGGGCACCCUCUGCCCACAGGGACGCCGAGGGUGGCAGCCUGCCGUUUGCAGCAGCCUGGGUGCCUGCGUCAGCUACCGUGUGUCAGCUGGGGUUGGCCGGCGGCAUGGUGGCAGCCUCUGAGUAGCAUGGUAGGUACCAAGUUGGGCCCUGGCAUUCCCGCUGGGCUCUGUUUGGGUCCCGUGGCAGCCCCACUGGCCACGGAUCCAUCCGGGAGAGAGAGUGGACUCUACGGGGGUGGGGGGCGGGGCCUGGACAGAGCUCGCCCCGGUGCCCGGGGCGUGAGGUCCUCGUCCCCAGUUCCAAAGCGAGGCCCGGCAGGGCCCCGGAAGUCCCUCCCAAAGUUGUUUCUGUGUGAGGCCGAGAGAGCCACACUCUGAAUACAUUUCAUGUCUCAGGAACUCACAUUCCAGGUUCAGGAAUUUUAUUCCAAAGUCCUUUGGUGUGCUUACCCCAGUCCCCGGGUCCCCGAGCGCGGGGGCGGCCCCCGGAGUUCCGCCCCCGCACGGGGCGGCCGGGCUUCUGACCGGUCCAUCUGCGCACAGGGAGGGGGAGAGGACUCCAGACCCAGUCAUCUUGGAAUAAAAGAAGAGCUGGUUUGUUUUCGAGGUGGGGCGGGGGGUGGGGGAGGGAGAGCGGGCAUUUGCUGUUUCCAAAGAGAGCACUUAAUUUAAUUUUUUCCUCCAAAUGACCCAGGGCUGUUCCGUCUGAUGGAUGGAAGGGUAACAUUGCCUUAAAACAGAAAUAUGCAGGCGUUGACUAUUUUUGGCAAAUGAGAGUGUCUUCAUUCCCAAAGUGGCUCUGGCCCUAAUGGCAGGGUGUGGCCCUGGCCUGGGAGCUGGGGCAUCGGGAGGGAAUCCCGCCAGGAACCCGGGGCUGGGGCUCCCUUUGAAGGGCGGGGAGGGAGGGAGGGAGGGAAGCCAUGAAUCUCAGGCCAGGUUCAAGGGCGCUCCCUGGCAUCACUGCAUCAGGAAACAGGGGGUACACGUGGAGGAGGGGGUGGGCCUGGGAGCCACCCUGGCUCUGGCCCAGGGGAGGGCCCUCUGGGAACAGGCUGCAUUGUCAUUGAAGAUGUAGAAUCUUUUCCCCGGCCUGGGUCUCUUUCAGGGGUUUUUUUCAUCUUUAUGGUUGAGGGCCAUGCUUGCCGGCUUCAGUGUGACGGCGGAACCUGUCAGACUUCCUAGAAAUAACAGUGCAAAUCUUUGUUUCCAUGUCUGGGUCCGGGUCACGGGGGCAGAGAUCUCCAAAAGAAGUUUGUCUGAGUGGAGGGAAGCUCCCCUCCAAAAGGGCCGCAAAGAGACCCUGGACCCAGCCACCGGGGGCUUGUGUCCCGAAUGAAAAUGUCCCUUUUUGUCUCAGCCAUAUCAGGGGGACUGCUGCCUGUCCACCUGUGCCCACCGAACCUUCCUCCAGCCAUCCGGAGGGACGGCACACCCAGCCGCCGCCACAGAGGGCCCUGGGGUGCUCGGCCAUUGGUCGCUACGCGGGAGCGGGCAGUGGUAGCCUGGUCUGCAGGCGUCCCACCUGCAUCCUGCCACACCCCCACCCAUGUCACUUGAGGGGCAGGACCCCCACCCUUUAUUGAGGCCUCACACCGGGCAGGGGCUGGGAUCACCAUGGUGCUGCCUUCCAGGUGCGAACAUCAGCAUCCCUGUGCCUCAGCACAAACCUGUGAUGGGUGAUGGGUGAUGGGUGGGGGCUGGGGGACGGAGAGACAGCCAGGCCAAUCGCAGGCCUCAGCCCACUUGCUGGGACCUGCAAGAAGGCCUGCGGUCUCCAGGGAAGCGCGGGGCGGACGGGUCUCCUGUUCCCUGGGCUGGAGUGUGCGGGAGGCCCCGCCUCCUUUCUUGCCUGAGCAGGCGCUCGGCGGGCUGCACGGGGUCACAGCGCUCGCAGGGACUUCAGUCUCCGCGUGGGCGAGCGGGGAGCCGCCCACCAGGAAACCGUGACCAAAGCAAUGGCCCACUUCUGGUUUUGGCUGUGUUUUUCAAGGCUGCCCGGCUUGGUUUUGUUUAAAAGCAGUUUUAGAAAGUCAUUCGGUCAAAAGACCCCAGUGCCGGAAGAUCGACAGGGUCCGACGUAUGGGUCCCAUCCCACAGCCAGUUAGAAGCGCUUUGCCCAUCACCCAGGUCUUUUGCCACCCGAAGGUUCCGCGGGCGAUUUCGGCGACCGCGUUUUCCAGAGCGGGCGACGCGGAUGUGGGCCGAGGACUUGGUGAAUCCGGCGUGGCCCUGGGCAGAGCCAGGUCCUUCGCCGAUGUCCUGGUGCAGAGGCUAGCUUUCCAAGAUUCGUCCCAGACACCUUCCAGAGGAUUUUGUAUCAGUACUUGGAUGCGCGAUCCGGCUUACUAUUGAUGAAUGCCUGGACGCUCUUAGGGAGGGCCCCUCCCCCGCCCCUCCCCGCUGUUCAGUGUCUGAUCGGCUGGAAGAGUUGGGUUUGGCGGAAGGUGUGAGCCCUGGGGGGGGGGCACACCCAGUUUCUACUGACCCCCCCUGUGGUGAUGUGGGACUCGCAUGGUGCCCCCCCCGGCCCCGCCCAGCCUCUCCUCGCCUCCUGAAGCUUUAAAACCUUACUGCUUUUGUUGAAGGACGAACGGGGAGGGUGGGGGAGGGGUGGGCACAGAAAUCGUAAGGGGCAGGGCGAGGGCCGCUGGAGCAGCUCGCUCCCAGGGCUUGGGGCGUCUUCCUAGGGACGCACGGACAGCACACGCACAUUGGCAAACCAAGCGUGUGAGCCGAACCCCUGCAGGGCUCGCGCGCAGGUCUGCCUGCGGGCUGCGCCUCCCACUCAGCGGGGCUGAGUGUGGCCCAGACCCCUGGGGGUGUGGCGUCCAUCCCCCGGUCCGGGAACCUGCCUCUGGGGGUGUGAGUGGGGAGACUCGGCUCCCUGGCCGCCCCCCUGGAGAGUCUCCCCGUGCCAGGUGCCGAGGACCCCAGGGCUCAACGGCGUGGGCGUGGCCCCCGUCCCGAGCAGCAGUGCAUUGCGGGAGCGGGGCUUGCUGGGGCUCCCGCGUGGCCGGGAAUUGUUUGUGUGGGUAUGUCGGGCGCAUGCGCCGGGGUCUCAGCGGGCCCCCCCCCUCCGACCCACCGCACAAACGACCCCUUCCCCGUCCAAAGCCAUUGGUGGAGUGUCUGUGGAAUCGUGCGCCGAACGUCCGAGGCCGAAUCCGAGGGUCCAAGACCAUUUCCAUAGAGCACGCGUUUUUCCUUUUCCGUAAGAACCUUCUUUUCUGUUGCUAACCAGCACCUCACCACGCUCCCCAAGGCCGCGCCGUUCAUCCUGCCCCGGAUCACUACAGUGAAGUAUUGCCGUUGUACAGUCCCCACUCUGGCCUCGGCUUGCUCGGAUUCCACUUUGUAUGUAUUUUGUAUGCCAUAGAUUCUAUAUUGUAAUGAUGUCCUAUGCAAAAGGAAAAAAAAAUUAACUGAAUUGUACAUUUGAUCGUUUUAACGUGUAUGCAUGUUUAGUGACGUUUACAUUUUGAAAUAAAAUUUAUGAUUCAUUAUUA